UUCUCUGUAUAAACCGUUGGCUCUUCACAGAACGUCACCUGACUAAAGUACACGCAAAUUAGAAACGUAUUGCCUCCUUCCCCAAAAUCGAUUCUAGUCGACAUUUCAGCUGCGGGAGGAGUGGUGUGAGCGAUUCAUCAGCCUAAGACAAAACAAACGCCUAAAAUGUGAUCCGCAUUGAUCGGUGAGAAUCCCUCUAUACUUGCCGCUGCUGCCGCCUCCGUAGAACAAAUAGGACCGAAGACAAACGGGGGAGUGGAUGUCUCUCAAACCAGGGUGAGGAGAGAAAAGAGGAGACUGAAAGCCAGAAGGAGGGUGGAGAGAGAGAGAGAGAGAGAGAGAGAGAGAGAGAGAGAGAGAGAGAGAGAGCGUUUCCAGGGGGCUAGUAGCGGGAGAGCGCGCUGAGGGAUUGGUGCUGUCGCUUCAGCACCACAGCAGGUCUCACCCUCCGCUGAAUGUCACUCGCACCCUCCGUUCCUCCUCUUAUUAGAUUCGACACGGAUCUGGCCACCGGACUCACGUACCAGGAAAGCAGGCGAUAAGGAUUUUAGUUUUCAUCUGCUGCGGAGCGACUAGAGUGGUCGGGAUGAGCACAUUUUGGAUAGUAUUUUUAUUGCCUUAUAUUUUGUAGGGCAGGUACAGACUGUUUUUUGAUAACCAACUCUUGUUGGUCCUUAUUGAAAAGGUAUUUCCAUUGCUUAAUUUUUAGGUUGAAUUCUGAGUUGUUCAGCUAUCCACAGUUUAAACGAGCAGGCUGACUUAUAAAGUGCAUAGCGCAGUUAACUACGUAGCCCACUUGUUUUCACAUCAUUUGUUAAGCGCGCCUAUGUCUGCUCCGGGUCUCUCCGCGCAGCCUCACGCAAGGUUCGCGUUGUAAUGCCUGGAACCUGCUCGAGACAUGCCUAAGCGCCGCGAUGGGCCAGGGCGACGAGAAAGACCGUGUUGUGAUUAACGUGGGAGGGAUCCGACACCAGACCUACCGCAGCACUCUGCGCACUCUCCCGGGCACGCGUUUAGCCUGGCUCGCCGAACCAGACGCGCACAGCCACUUUGACUAUGACGCCCAAAUCGACGAGUUCUUCUUCGACCGCCACCCGGGCGUCUUUGCCCACAUCCUUAACUACUACAGGACUGGCAAACUGCACUGUCCGGCGGAUGUCUGCGGCCCGCUCUACGAGGAGGAGCUGGCUUUCUGGGGGAUUGACGAAACGGACGUUGAGCCGUGCUGCUGGAUGACUUACCGCCAGCACCGGGAGGCCGAGGAAGCACUAGACAGCUUCGGUGGAGUGCCCGCCGAUAUGGGCAACGAGGACGGGGAUGGGGACAUGGCCGAUACGAUGGAAGGGGAGGAUGAAUUGGAGAUGACUAAAAGGCUAGCCCUUGGUGAGUCCCUCGAUGCCAAGUCCGGACUUUGCCAGCGGUGGCAGCGGAGAAUGUGGGCGCUCUUUGAAGACCCUUACUCUUCCAAAUAUGCAAGGUGGAUAGCCUUCGCCUCCCUCUUCUUCAUCCUGGUGUCCAUCACCACCUUCUGCCUGGAGACGCACGAGGCCUUCAACCCCAUCUACAACCGCUCCGAGAUCGACCCCGUGGACAACAGCACGCGGUACUACCUGGAGACCGAGACCGUGGCCUACCUCACCUACAUCGAGGGCGUGUGCGUGCUCUGGUUCACCUUCGAGUUCCUCGUCCGCGCCGUCUUCUGUCCAGACAAACUCAAGUUCUUCCGGAACACGCUCAACAUCAUCGACUUCGUGGCCAUCCUGCCCUUCUACCUGGAGGUGGGCCUGAGUGGACUGUCCUCGAAGGCGGCCAAGGACGUGCUGGGCUUCCUGCGCGUGGUACGCUUCGUGCGGAUCCUGCGUAUCUUCAAGCUGACCCGUCACUUCGUGGGGCUGCGUGUGCUGGGCCACACGCUCCGCGCCAGCACCAACGAGUUCCUCCUGCUCAUCAUCUUCCUCGCGCUGGGCGUGCUCAUCUUCGCCACCAUGAUCUACUACGCCGAGCGCAUCGGCGCCAAGCCCAACGACCCGCGCGCCAACGAGCACACGCACUUCAGGAACAUCCCCAUCGGCUUCUGGUGGGCGGUGGUCACCAUGACCACGCUGGGCUACGGCGACAUGUACCCGCAGACGUGGUCGGGCAUGCUGGUGGGCGCCCUGUGCGCCCUGGCGGGCGUGCUGACCAUCGCCAUGCCCGUGCCCGUCAUCGUCAACAACUUUGGCAUGUACUACUCGCUGGCCAUGGCCAAGCAGAAGCUGCCCAAGAAGAAGAACAAGCACAUCAAGCGGGCGCCACAGCCCGGCUCGCCCGACUACUGCAAGUCGGCGCUCAACUCGCCGCGCCACAGCACGCAGAGCGACACCUGCCCGCUGGCCGCUCCUCAGGACGAGCGCGUGUCCGCCACUGCCACUGUGCCCACCGCGGCCACUGCCCCUGCCCCCGACACCAUCCGUGCAGAUCUCAAAGUGAACGGGGAGGCGGCCAAGGCGGCACUGGCCAAUGAGGAUUGCCCGCACAUAGACCAGGCCAUCUCACCUGAGGACGGCCAGGUGUUCAGCCCCUGCGACCGGGGCGGGGAACCCUGUUUCCUGCUCAACAUCGGCACGCGGCCUGCCCACUUGGCCAACCGGGUCAGGAAGGAUCCCUGUAAAGAGGACUCUGUUCUAGUGCAGUACAUGCAGACUGAAGUUCUAAGGGUCACCUGAAGGGUGUGUCUAUGUGCACCAUCUUUUGACACACACACACGCACAGGAUCGGCUCUUGAGACCCUCCUCAGUCGUUCUGUUGUACAACAACAACAACCAUCGCGGAGCUUUCUGGAAUUGAAGUGCAUCGCCUGAAAGAGAGGGAAGAUAAGUAGGGAGGACAGUCACUGAUGACAUCGUUCCUCAUGACCCAAUGUGUCCUUUUUUAAGACACGAGAACCGCACUGAAAGAUCCUCCUGUUGUUGUUGUUUUUUCUUCAUCCCUCAUCAUCAGAGAGGAGAGUUAAAAGACAAUAUGUGCAUUUGUUUUCGCAUGAACGGACAUCAGGGGAACGAUAGAAACCAAAACAAACACAACCAGAGAGAUGCUGCAACAGGAAGGAAGGAGUUGUGUUAUUAAAUGAUAUCAAUAACUGCUCAAAGAUACUAAUGAUAGGAACUACAGCAUCUGCAGACAAGUCUGUAGACUCUUUUCUGUUUCCUUAGCAUGAGUUGUAUAGCAUGAUAUAUUACAAAAACAGGAAAAAAAUAGCUGUUAUGCCUAUCUGUAAAAAAUAUAUAUAUUUUCCUUCUGGAGUUUUCAGCACCUUUUUGCAUACAUUAAUGUAGCCAUAAAAAUGAUAAAUGAAAGUGUAAUUUUUUCAACAGCUGAAAUCUUCAUGUCUCCCCAUGUCAUGUUGUGCUCACAGACUUCUUUAAACUGGGCAGCUUGGUCAUAUUGACCAUCAAACACACAAGGAGAAAACAUUUUAGCAAGACCUCUAUGUUUUAACAGCAAAAUUCAUAUUUCUUGUUUCUGUUGGCAUGCUUGUGCUACUGGAUCUUAAUGUAAAGAAAUUGCAGACAGGCUAAAUCAGUUGAUCUAUUUUUUGGUAUAUGCUAUGGUUAUUGGUGAAUAGAUACUACGUGAACCUACAUAUAUCACAUUAUUAAGUAUAGAAUUUUAUCAGUGUUAUUUUUUGAAGAAAAAGAAUGAUCAAAAAAGGACAAAAAAUGGCAUCUGGGGUAAAGGAAUCCUCACCUGUCUCCUUUCGAAGAGUUUCAGAAAAAAAAAGUAUUUUGAAAAAUUAUGAAAAAAUAGAUAUGUACAGUAUAUUUCCAUUCUAAGAGCAUUGUAUGCAAUUGGGAGUGGGGUUUAAAUGCAUGCACAAUGUUAUGCAACAAUAAGUUAAUAGAUAAAUCAGAACAGGACAACAAUUCUAGCAUGAAAUAAAUUUUUGUAUGAAACCUGUCCAUAGAGUUUACUUUUGUGUUAUUGACUGAAUUAACUGAAUGCUAUUUGAUUUCAUUUUUUCCUCAUUUCUCUCCUGGUAUAUUGCAUACUGUCCCUUACCAUGACCUCAUAGACGAAGGCCAAUGGGAAGGGUCUCCACAUGUCAUAGAAAGGAGUGAAAAAGAGAGAAAAAGAACAAGUGCAUCCUUUUUGACAGAAACAGCAUGGUAGAGUUGCACUAGACAGCAUGGUAAUGAUAAACCCUUCCAUUAACAUCUGAACACCCUGAAACAACCUGCUAAAAAAACAAAACAAGCAUGAACAUGACAACAACCGAAACAUAUUAACCCUUUCCAGGUGUGUGUAUAACUGCAUUAUACACGAUAAGCCUAGAUCCAAUGCAUUUGCAGCAGCAUGGGACAUGCAUGGUAAAAGACUGAGUUUUUACCAUGAGUAGCGGGCUAGCCUUAGCAUAUUCACCCGGUUCGCCAACGUGCUAUUUCCUCUUCCUCUUCCUCUUCCUCUUCCUCUUCCUUCCUCUGCACCCUCCGAGCUCCAUCUGCCAUCCCUCCCUCUAGCCUUCCAUCUGCCCCAGGGCACUCUGGGUAAUAACAGCUCUUGUCUCUCUUCUCUUCCAUGUCUGUAGCGUCGGGUCGGCCAGCUCCAGACGCAGAGUCUGUGUGUGUCAUGAACCGUGGUGUCCCCACCACACUGUGCAUGGCCAACAGCCCCUACACCCCCCCCUCAUAACCC